CUCGCGAGAAGAGUGUUUGGAAAUUCGGGAAAUUCCGCGAGCAUGCGCAGUUGACAGGUGUUGCCUAAUGUUUUUGUUUUAGCCUAGCUCUCUUGCUGUUCCUAGCAGGUGAAGUGAAUACAAAAUGGAAAUGUCAGGUUUAUUAGUUAAUGUUAUAUUUCUUCUUAUUGCCUCAUUUACGUGCACAGACUCGUCGCCUAGGCAACUGAAUACGGAAAAUAUCCUGAUUAAUGUGACGGCUGGGACACUGGCGGACACACAGCUGCAGGACUCCAACAACUUGCAGAUCAAUUUAAACAUAUCGGUGGGCGAAGAGCAGGUGCUGGUCAAUGAUAUCCCCGUAGAGCUAUCAGGGGUCACCAGGUUCAACUGCCAAGCGCUUCUCUUAGACGGCAUCAAUGGCAGCAGUGAGUUUGAAUCUGGGGACUUGGUGUCCACUGUCACCCGGGUGAUGGUGAGCCAGAACCGGCUGUACAGCGACUCAGAGGAGGUGGUGGCUCUGCAGGUGUUCAGUGAAGUAAUAGAGAUGGAGGGCAAACAGGUGCAGCAGCCUGACAUGUGUGAGGUGAAAAUACUGAUGAGUCCAGAUUUCCAGAAGCUGGCUCAGUUUACCAACAUCUACCCCAUCGGACACAGCGAGAUCUUCAGGGUUCCCAGGGAGAACGAUGUGGUGGUCACUGACCCACCAAAUCCUAGAAAAGACGAAGAACAGCUGAUCUCCCAGACCACUAGCCAGUACCCCCUGAAGCACACAGAGACCACCCAGGAGGAGAUCGCAGCACCGGGAAAGCUCCCAGAGACGCCACUUCGUAUGGACCCCGACCUGCUGUAUGACGUCAGAUACGAUGAUGAGUUCGACGUCCAAGAGCCGAGCCGACCGGAUCAGAUUCAGAUGGAAACUCCGCCCAAAGAAUUGUUAUCGUCGUACUCUGCCAUGUGUCAGUGGGUGGAGGAGGUGAGGGAGCGUCUCAGGCGCUUUAGCUCAGAGUCGCUGCCUCUUUUCUUCCUGGUGAUGUGGGUGGUGGUGAUCGGCGUUGUCGGGUCAGCGGUCAUCGUCAAGAUCUUGGACAUGUUCUUCCCAACUUGUGAACACAAACACAUUUUUCACCUAAACCCUGUCACUCUAAUGCCCGAGGAUGAGAAGCACACCCUGCUGGAGAACGUAGAAAUCGAGGCGGAAGAAGAAGAAGAAGAAGAAGAAGAGAAAAAGCCUUGAAUCAAGGGCUGACUUAGCCAGCUCCUUUAUUUUCAGUUUGUUCUUAUUUGACCUCCAACCUUGGUUACCCUGUUACAUUUUCAGCACGGCCUGGUUAUGUCAUUUGCUUAUAUUCCAAAUUUGCGAAGCAGUAGGUCGUGUUUCACUUCAGUUGACCCAGCCACGCAGCAGGAGGUCGUUUAAUGCCACCAAAUUGACUCAGUCCACCUCAAAUUUAGCGGCGUGAUCGAGAUGGGAAAGAAAGCAAGUGACUCACAGUGCUGAAUCUCAACUUCCCCUGUUGUGAUGUCAACUGUGAAGGUGGGUUAACCUCUGAUUGGUCAGCUAGAGUUCACGAAACGUCACUUUUAUCCAGUCA